AUGCCUAAUUUGUUCAACAGACAAAGCAAGCUAUCUCCUCAGCAACUCGAGGAUUUACAGAGAUCGACCAAAUUCGACAAAAGAGAGUUACAGGCUUGGUACAAGGGCUUCCUUAAGGAGUGUCCAACGGCGAAGCUUUCCAAAUCCGAGUUUCAGAAGAUCUAUCGACAAUUUUUCCCCUACGGCGACCCUACUUCGUUCGCCGACUAUGUUUUCAAUGUCUUUGACGCUGACAAGAAUGGCGAGAUUGACUUCAAGGAAUUCAUCGUCGGCCUAAGCGUCACCAGCCGUGGCAAACUGGAGGACAAGCUGGACUGGGCAUUCCAACUGUACGAUAUCAACGGUGACGGCAAGAUCUCGUAUGAGGAGAUGCUGGCUAUCGUUACCGCGAUCUACAAAAUGGUUGGAUCCAUGGUAAAACUACCGGAAGACGAGGACACUCCCGAGAAGCGAGUAACUAAAAUAUUUGCGAUGAUGGAUAAAGAUCAGAAUUCAUAUCUUGACCGGGAAGAGUUUCGCGAAGGAAGCAAAAGGGACGAGACCAUCGUUUCUGCACUCUCGCUGUACGACGGUCUGGUGUGA